AUGUCCGACCAGCCGCUCUACGAUGAGUUCGGCAAUUACAUAGGGCCCGAUAGCGAUGUUGACGACGCCUCUGAUUACGAGAGCUCCGAAUACGGCGGGGAGGCAGCCGCGGCGGCUAGCCAAGAGGCAGUGCCGAUGGACACCACCGAAGACGGCGCCCCUGUCGAGCAGAGGAUCGUCUUGGCGGAGGACAAGAAGCAUUAUCCCGAUGCCGAUGAAGUCUAUCCAGAGGCUGAAGUCGUAUUCCAAGAUGAAGAUACCCAACCGUUGACCCAACCCAUCAUUGCCCCUACAAAGACCUUUGACUUUGAUAAGCUGGAGAAGGAGGUCCCCGAGCUGGUUUAUGAUUAUCAUUUCCUAGCGGGUCUGAUGGAGCACCCCAGCCUCAUCAGAAACGUCGCUGUUGUCGGUGGCCUCCAUUCGGGGAAGACUCUGCUGUGUGAUUUGCUGGUCUCCCACACGUGGGCUGACAGGAAUAAGAAGCUCGGGAAUCUCGAUAAGGAGGAGCUCAACAGCUAUAUCAGAGAAGAAUGCGAGCUGAUGGGCUUGGACAAGGACGACUACGUGGUGUCUCCCAUCAGAGGCAAUCUCGCCUUUGCCAGUGGGCUCUACCAGUUCGUCUUUACUACCUACUCGUUCGCCAAGUACUAUGUAGAGGCCAAUACUGAGGCCUUCCGAACCAGUGGGGCCGAUCAGAACAAUGAGUCCAACGGUCUGCCGGCAGCCUUUGGGCGAGCCUCUCAGGAAGGGGGUCUGCAGCCGCACCAAGUUAACGAGUGUGCUAGACGGUUGGCACGUGGCAUGUGGGGUGAUGUAUGGCGCGACAAGAAGACAGGACAGUUCGUGAAGUCCCCGCCAAAGGACCAGGGGGAGGUUCAGCGCACCUUCGUCGAGUUCUUCCUAGUGCCACUGUAUAAGAUGAUCGGUCAUACCAUUGGCGAGGAGCAGGAGUCUUUACAAGUGACUCUAGGGGAUGUUGGCAUCUAUCUAUCUCAGAAGGAUUACUACGCUAAGUCCACUAAGUCCCUUCUCAAGAAGGUUCUGUCGCAGUUCUUCGGCGGUCCUCAGCCGCUCAUUGACCAGAUCGUAGCAAAGCUCCCGAGCCCUCAGGAGAACGCUGCUAAUAAGAUCUCUAAGAUCUACUCUGGCAAUCAGACCAGCCAGAUCGCUGAUGACAUGCGCAACCUCCGUGCCAACGGGGAGCUGCUGGUCCACACCUCGAAGAACUAUCACAGGUCCGACAUGUCCGGCUUUGACCUCUUCGGUAGAGUCAUGUCUGGCACCUUACGAGUUGGGGAUAAGGUUAAAGUGCUAGGAGAGCGCUAUACGUUGGACGAUCCUGAGGACUCCAAGGUGGAGACAAUCGAGCAGCUGUGGAUAUACGAAGGAAGGUACCGCGUUGAGGUAUCUCAUGUGCCUGCAGGCAACUGGGUCCUCAUUGGAGGAUCAUUGGAUUCGGCUGUAGUCAAGACAAGUACAAUAAUAGCUGCAGACAAUACAGAUGAUGUGGAGAUCUGUCGGCCUCUGAAGUUCGCGACUACUGGUUCUGUUAAGAUUGCCUGCGAGCCGCUCAAUCCGUCAGAGCUUCCUAAAAUGCUCGAAGGGCUUAGGAAGAUCGACAGGUCCUUCCCGCUCGUACAGUGCAAGGUGGAGGAGUCGGGAGAGCACGUUAUCAUCGGCACUGGCGAACUCUACUUGGACGUUAUACUACAUGACUUGAGGAAGCUGUAUGGCGAUAUCGAAAUCAAGGUCUCGGAUCCUGUGGUUCCCUUUUGUGAGACGGUGAUAGAAACGUCACAGUUCAAGUGCUCAGCGGAGAGUACCAAUAAGCAGGCUAAGCUUUACAUGAUUGCCGAGCCGCUGGAGAAGGGGAUAGCAGAAGCGAUUGAGUCUGGUGUUGUGACGGGUCUUACUCCUACGAAGGAGAGGGCGGAUAUCUUCGGCAAGCAGUUCGGCUGGGAUAAGCUUGCUGCCAGGAACAUUUGGGCUUUCGGGGCUGACCCUAUCCACGGCACUAAUGUGAUCCUCAAUGAGACGCUCGCGACUGAUGCGGAGGCUAGGAACUCCCUCAACUUGAUUCGGGACAGUGUUGUGUCGGGCUUCCAGUGGGCGACUCGAGAAGGCCCUCUCUGUGAGGAUAACGUUCGCAACGUCAAGUUCAAGCUCUUGGAUGUGGUCACCACGAAUGCUGGCGGUAUUGGUCUCGGAUCGGGUCAGAUCAUCCCAGUAGCCCGACGAGUGGCCUACAGUAGUAUGCUAAUGGCCACGCCCAGGUUGAUGGAGCCGAUGAUGUUCGCCGAGAUAGACUGCCCAGCUGACUGUGUCUCGGCCGUCUACACCGUCCUGUCCCGUCGUAGAGGACAUGUCCUUAAGGAUGUCCCUCGACCCGGCACUCCUCUCUUCUGCGUCUACGCCUACAUCCCCUCCAUUGAGACCUUCGGCUUUGAGACAGAUCUCCGAACACAUACUUCUGGCCAAGCAUUCGGCACUACAGUCUUCGACCACUGGUCGGUGGUGCCAGGGGAUCCGCUAGACUCGUCUAUAAUACUGCGUCCUCUAGAGCCGGCACCACAGCCGCAUCUGGCUAGGGAGUUCGUGAUCAAGACUCGCCGUCGUAAGGGUAUCGGUGAAGAUAUCAACGCCCAUAAGUACUUUGACGAUCCGGAGUUGGUGAGCGGUCUUUCGCGAGUCGCUAGAUAA